AUAUUAUUCAAAAGCCAAGUUAAAACAAUUCGAUCUGUUGCAACAAUGGCCAAAAGGAGUGUUGCGUCCAUAGGCAUUUUCAUUUCCAUGUUCUUGGUUGUUGCUAUAACUUGCUUUCAAGAAGAGCGAUCAAUAUACUUGGUCUUAUUGGAAGGAGACGCGCUUGCUUUUCAUGAUCAUGAAGGUUCGCAGGACCAAGAUUCAUCAACAAUUCACCCCAACACCAACAGGGAAGCCUCGAAAGCACAUACAAAUCACUUAUUGGCAUCUCACGAUCUACUUCUGCAAAGUAGUUUAGAGAAUGGAAGCUACAAUAAACUCCACAGUUACAAACACAUUAUCAAUGGCUUUUCUGUCCACACAACCCCUUCCCAGGCUGCAAGACUAAGAAGGAGCCCAGGAGUUAAGUUGGUAGAGAAAGACAGAGGAGCGAAGAUGAGGACAACAUACACACCUGAGUUUCUAAGUUUACGAAAAGGGAUAUGGGCGCAAGAAGGAGGAGAAAGAAACGCAGGUGAAGGAGUUGUCAUUGGUUUUGUGGACAGUGGCAUCAACGCACUUCAUCCCAGCUUUGCUUACGAUCCCAUGCACCCUUUCUCAUCAAAUCUCUCUCGUUUUGAGGGUGCCUGUGAGACGGGUCCUCUCUUCCCACCUAGUUCUUGCAAUGGAAAGAUAGUAGCAGCCAGGUUCUUCUCUGCUGGGGCUGAAGCUACUGUUACGCUUAAUGCUUCCAUGGAUUUUCUUUCACCCUUUGAUGCAGAUGGACAUGGCAGUCAUGUGGCAUCUGUUGCUGCUGGCAAUGCUGGUGUUUCUGUUGUGGUGAACGGUUUUUUCUAUGGAAAAGCUAGCGGAAUGGCACCACGUGCAAGGAUUGCUGUUUAUAAGGCUAUCUUUCCCUCCGUGGGAACUCUGGCAGAUGUUAUUGCAGCUAUCGAUCAAGCUGUUCUGGAUGGGGUGGAUAUCUUAUCACUCUCUGUUGGACCAAAUGAACCACCAGAAAGCACCGUGACCUUCUUGAGCAUGUUUGAUAUUUCGUUGCUAUUUGCACGAAAAGCGGGAGUUUUCGUGGUGCAAGCCGCAGGGAACAAGGGUCCAGCAUCUUCAAGUGUAGUGUCAUUCAGUCCCUGGAGUGUUGGUGUUGCCGCUUGCACCACAGACAGAAGGUACCCUGCUUCACUUCUUCUUGGAAAUGGUUCAGUACUUAAUGGCGCAGGACUAUCAGGACCAACUUUUGGAAAUGGAUCAGUUUUGCAUAAGCUUGUUUUAGCUAAGGAUGCAGUAAAAAUAAAUGGAACAACUCAGGAGUACAUAGAGGAGUGCCAACAUCCAGAAGUUUUGGACCCUAAUAUAGUGUUGGGAAGUAUCAUUAUCUGCACCUUCUCAACGGGCUUCAAUAAUGGAACCUCAACUCUUAAUGCUAUUAUUGGCACCUCGAAGGCUCUAGGGUUGGAGGGCUUUAUCUUAGUUGCAAACCCAAACUAUGGUGAUUAUAUUGCAGAGCCAAUCCCUUUUGCUGUUUCUGGUAUUAUGAUCCCUCGUGUAGAUGAUGCCAAGGUAAUAUUACAGUAUUAUGAAGAACAAAUAAAGAGGGAUAGGAAAGGAACUGCCACAGAAUUUGGUGCUAUGGCUGCUGUGGGAGAAGGAAGAGUUGCCUCUUUCACAGGGAGAUCACCUAUAGUUAGUAGAUUUUCUUCAAGGGGUCCAGAUAUCAUUGACAUGCACAAUAAUCUUGCAGAUGUACUUAAACCUGAUAUUCUUGCUCCAGGGCACCAAAUAUGGGCAGCCUGGACCCCCAUCAGUGCCUUAGAACCUAUGCUAAAAGGGCACGAUUUUGCGUUAUUAUCUGGUACCAGUAUGUCCACACCUCAUGUGGCUGGAAUAGCAGCACUUAUAAAGCAAUACAAUCCAUUAUGGACUCCAGCAAUGAUAGCAUCUGCAAUCUCCACAACAAGCUCAAAGUAUGAUAAUCUUGGAGAGCAUAUGAUGGCUGAAGGCUUUGAGGCCAGCAGCUUGCUUCCCUCCACUCCUUUUGAAUAUGGGGCAGGCUUUGUGAGCCCCAAUUGUGCCAUUGAUCCAGGUUUGGUACUAUCAUCAGAACAUCAAGACUUCAUCAGCUUCUUGUGCUCUUUGCCAAACAUGGACACGGAUGCAAUAAUUGCAGCUACUGGAGAGCAAUGCAAUCACCCCUUUGCCUAUCCAUUCAGUCUAAACAUUCCUUCAGUAACAAUAUCUGCACUAAGAGGAUCAGUUUCCGUGUGGAGAACUUUCAUGAGUGUGGGGAACAACACAGAAACAUACUUGGCCUCUGUUCAACCUCCAAAUGGAACAAAAGUCUACCUGUAUCCAACUUGGUUUACCAUAAGUCCACAAGGAACACAAGAUCUGGAAAUACAACUCAGUGUCAUCCAACCAAUGUCGAAUUUUACCUUUGGUGAAAUUGUUUUAACAGGAAAUUUGAACCACAUCGUACGAAUAACGUUGUCAGUUUUAGCAAUUUCGGUGUAAUGAAGAUCAAAUUUGCUGUAAGUCGACUUCAGGUUAUUAAGCUCGGUUGGAGACGGGUUUUCUUACAAAAGUAAUUCUUUCUAAACUACCUAAAUGGGAACAUUAUUUCCCAAAAUGUUAUAAUUUUCUUGAGUUUAA